AUGUCAACGGAGCGUAGACCUUCAAUUGCUGAACGUCGCUCUUCAACAACAACAAAUACACGUCCACAAUUUGAUUCUCAUUUAUCAACAACUAAUGAAACAAUUUAUAAUGAUGGAGGAAAUCAACAACAUGGUCAAGGUCAAGGUCAAUUUUCCACUUCAAGAAGACCUUCAGUGGUACCACAUUUAGCUGGUUUAGAAAAACCUUUACCGGAAUCAAUCCCAGAACAAUGUGAUGUUGUUAUCGCAGGUACCGGUUUAGUUGAAAGUAUAUUAGCUGCCGCUUUAGCAUGGCAAGGUUCAAAUGUUUUACAUAUAGAUUCAAAUGAUCACUAUGGUGAUAAUACUGCUACUUUAACUAUAGAUCAAAUUAAAAAUUGGGUUGUUAAAGUUAAUAAAAAUGAAAUCAUUGGUUUUAAAAAUGCUUUACUUUAUAUACCAAGUGGUAAUGAACUUUUUAAAUCAAAAGAUUUUGGUUUAGAUUUAACUCCAAAAAUUUUAUUUGCUAAAUCUGAUCUAUUAUCUUUAUUAAUUAAAUCAAGAGUUUAUAAAUAUUUGGAAUUUUUACCAUUAAGUUCUUUUCAUUUUUUUGAAAAUGAUAAUUUUGAAAAAAUGUCAAAUACAAAACAAGAUAUUUUCACAAAUCAAUCAUUAUCUUUAUUAACAAAAAGAUCUUUAAUGAAAUUUAUAAAAUUUGCUAUAGAUUGGGAAAAUCAACCACAAAUUUGGGAAUCUUACAAAAAAAAACCAAUGGAAAUUUUCCUCAAUGAACAAUUUAAAUUAGAAAAACCACAAAUUUGGGAAUUAAUUUUUUCAAUUGGUCUUUGUAAUAAUUUAAAAAUUAAUACUCCAGAAGCUUUACUUAGAAUUAAAAGAUAUUUAAUAAGUUUUGAUGUUUAUGGAAAUUUCCCAGUUAUGUAUUCAAAAUAUGGUGGUGCAGGUGAAAUUUCUCAAGGUUUUUGUCGUUCAGCUGCAGUUGCUGGUACAACUUAUAAAUUAAAUACAAAAUUAGAAUCAUUUGAUCCAAAAAAUAAAAUUGCAAAAUUUUCUGAUAAUUCAAGAAUUAGAGUUAAUGAACAAAUUAUUUUAUCACCAAGUCAAGCUCCAAAUAAUGCACAAAAUAUACCAAAACAAGAAUAUGAAAUUCAAAGAUUAACUGUUAUUGUUAAAAAAACUUGUAAAGAAUGGUUUGAAAAUGGUGAAAGUGCAUCAAUUGUUGUUUUCCCUUCAGGUUCUUUAUCAACAAAUAAUUCAGAAGCUGUUCAAGCUUUAAUUAUGAGUGAAGAAACUGGUAUUACUGCACCAGAUACAUGUGUUUGGUAUUUAUCAACAACUGAAAAAGGUUUAAAAGGUCGUCAUGAUUUAGAAAAUGCAUUGAAAAAAAUGGAAAAUUCAAUAUUAAGAGAAAGUUCUGAUUUAAAUAAUGAAGAUGAAUUAUUUGAUAAUGGUACAGGUAUUUUAAAUUCUGUUAAAUUAGGUCAAUCAUUUAAAGAUUUUGUACCAAAAGAAAAAAUUCAAUAUUUAUUAAAAUUAUAUUAUAUUCAAAAAACUUCAAUACCUCAUGCAGAUGUUGUUAAACCUUCAAUUUAUAAAAAAAAUCUUGAUAAUAAUAAUAAUACCUCCACUGAAAAUAAAGAUGCUCCAGAUAAUGGAGUUAUUUAUUCAACUUUACCAUCAAGUGAAAUUUCUUAUGAUGGUAUAAUAACUGCAGCUAAAAUUCUUUAUGAAAAAAUUGUUGGAUCUGAUGAUGAUUUUUUUGAUGUUGAUUUUGAAGAUGAUGAUGAAAAUGAUGAAAACAAUGGAAUUAAUAAUAAAAAUAAUGAUGAAUUAGCAUUUGAUGAUGAUAUUUCAGAAACUGUUGAAUUUGCUGAUGAUAUGGAAUUAUAG